AAAGAUGAGGUGUACCUCAACUUGGUGCUGGACUAUGUUCCUGAAACAGUAUACAGAGUUGCCAGACAUUAUAGUCGGGCCAAACAGACACUCCCUAUGAUUUAUGUCAAGUUGUACAUGUAUCAGCUGUUCCGGAGUUUAGCCUAUAUCCAUUCCUUUGGGAUCUGCCACCGGGAUAUAAAACCACAGAACCUCUUGCUGGACCCUGAUACAGCUGUUCUAAAACUCUGCGAUUUUGGAAGUGCGAAACAGCUGGUUCGUGGAGAACCUAAUGUCUCAUACAUCUGCUCUCGGUACUACAGGGCACCAGAGUUGAUCUUUGGAGCCACCGAUUAUACCUCCAGUAUAGAUGUGUGGUCAGCAGGCUGUGUAUUGGCUGAACUGUUACUAGGACAACCAAUCUUUCCAGGUGACAGUGGUGUGGAUCAGUUGGUGGAAAUAAUCAAGGUUCUGGGAACGCCUACAAGGGAGCAAAUUAGAGAAAUGAAUCCAAACUAUACUGAAUUCAAAUUCCCUCAGAUUAAGGCACAUCCAUGGACUAAGCUUUCACAAGGAGACACUUUUGCAGUACAUGCAGACAAUGUUAUAACCUCCAUGAUGAAAGAGGAAGCUGCUAGCAUUGAAACAAGUACAUCGCCACACAAUUAA